CCAACCACCCCUUUGACCUUCUUCAGUGAAAUAAUCUUUCGGCCAUGCCGUCGCUAUCAGAGUCGUCGACGACCGAGCCGAAGCCCUCGCGGCGAGCAAUCCCUCCUCCGUACGUGUCACCGAGUCGCAGAUCUCCACUUCGACGGCUCGCCUCCGCUUCUAGAAGCUCGUUCCAGGGUAAGCACUCGCCGUCAUGUUCACAUAUAACGAGUAGUGGAUGGCGAACCUGUGGGCUCAGCGGCGAAGCGUCUCGCAAACCGCCAAACACCUGGCGGUCGCGGUUGCUUUUCGGACUCGCGAGCUUCGAAUCUGCGGAGGAAGGAGGCGGAGAUUAAGACUCGGCGGGCGUCGGAGCUUCUCGAGCUCGGGCGCGCUUUGAUCGGAGGCGGAAACUUUGGUAGCUGACGCUUUUUGAAAGUUGCGGAGCUCGAACACGAGAGAAACCGAUGCGAUAAUCGGUUUUCACUCCUCUGCAUUUUCUCGAUAAUCAGUCUGAUUGGAUACUUGUUGAAGCGAACGCAGCUCCCGGAACAUUCUCCGGCGGAUUUGCCUCGGAACGAGUUUGAAGCUGUGAAAUGCGGUCUUCGGUCCUCAAUCCUCUCGACCUCGCUUGCGUCUUCCUCGUCGUCUUCAGCUCCUUGUUUUCGCCGUCGGUCGCCGAUCCUCGAGUCUCGGAGGCGGGCAUUCUAUGUCUCAAAUCCAACGUCACGUCUACAGCAAACAUCGUCUCGAACUUUCUCGACGUCAUGCGAGUGGUAGCCACGAAAGUCACCAAGGAUCGCUGGGCUUCUGCUUCCGUCACCACUCCGUUGCCGGAAAUCUACGCCCUGGCUCAAUGCCAGGGCGAUCUGAGCCAAGACGAUUGCCUCGUCUGUUUCGCGCAGAGCAGGACUAUACUCCCUAGAUGCAAUUUCUUAGCUGCUAACUCUGGGCGGUUGUAUCUCGACGGUUGCUUCAUAAGGUCCGAUUACUACAACUUCUUUAAUGAGACCAUCGAUCCGCAGCAUGAUAUGGUCAAGUGCGCCAAUCAAUCCAAUGUUUCAGCCAAUCAGCAGGCGAGGCUGCGGUUUGCUGAUAAGGUUGACCGGGUGCUGGGGAAUGUGACUGCAGUUGCACCGAAGAAUAAGGGGUUCGCCAUUUUCGAAGAGGAGAGACGCGGCGGAGUUGCUGGUGUUUAUGCACUGGCGCAGUGUUGGAACACUCUCAACGAGAAUGGGUGCAGAGAGUGCCUGGAGAACGCCAUGAUCAAGGCGAGGAACUGUACUCCUGCGGAUGAAGGGAGGGCGAUGAACGCCGGCUGUUUCAUGAGAUAUUCAACUCAGAAGUUUUACAGCUAUACAGAUGGUGACUCGCCGAAGCUUGGGAUCAUCAUUGCAAUUGCUUUCUCCUCUGCUGCUGCAACUUCACUUGUUCUUAUCAGUGCUUAUGUUGGAUACAGAAAAGUAUCCAAGAAAAAAGAAGUCCAGAAGAAACUCUUUGGUGUUCCAGCAAUUGUGAGGAAGUCGAAUCUGAAUUUCAAUUAUGAAUUGCUCGAGAAGGCUACCAAAUUCUUUGAUGACUCAAGGAAAUUAGGCCAAGGUGGAGCUGGUACUGUAUUCAAGGGGAUCCUCCCUGAUGGAAGAGUUGUUGCAGUAAAAAGACUAGUGUUCAACACACGUCAGUGGGUGGAUGACUUCUUCAAUGAGGUAAAUUUGAUCAGUGGAAUCCAACACAAGAACCUGGUCAGGCUUCUGGGUUGCAGCAUUGAAGGCCCGGAAAGCCUCUUAGUUUAUGAAUAUGUCCCCAACAGAAGCCUUGAUCAAAUCCUCUUUGAUAAGGAUGCAACCCAUAUCCUGAGUUGGCAGGAGCGGCUUAAUGUCAUCUCCGGAACAGCUGAGGGCCUGGCAUUUCUUCAUGAUGCUUGUGGAGUGAAGAUAAUACACAGAGACAUAAAAAGCAGCAAUGUCCUUCUUGAUGAGCAUCUCACAGCGAAGAUUGCUGACUUUGGACUUGCUCGAUGUCUUGAUCCAGAAAAAUCUCAUCUUAGCACCGGUAUCGCAGGAACACUGGGUUAUAUGGCUCCAGAGUAUCUUGUUAAGGGACAACUAACAGAGAAAGCAGAUGUUUACUCUUUCGGCGUGCUGGUCCUAGAAAUUUUAAGUGGUAGGAAGAACAGUGUAUUUGGGCAGGUCUCUGGUUCAGUUCUGCAAUCAGUUUGGAAGCAUUAUAAAUCAAAUAGUCUUGCGGAAUGCAUCGAUCCUGUGCUGAAAGACAAGUUUCCCGUCUCAGAGGCAUUGAAUGUGCUUCAAAUUGCGCUUCUUUGCACCCAAGCUUCCCCAGAUUUACGACCAUCCAUGUCUGAAGUAGUUGAGAUGCUCAACGACAGGGAGCGUAUAGUUCCCGUGCCAACGCAACCUCCAUUUCUCAACAGUAAUCUGACUCCAGGCGACUCCAGCAGAAGUUCAAAUACAAACCCUGGGAUCUCAAACCAACUGACAAAUUCUGAAAUUUCCUCCGCCUCCACCAUAAGCCUCCGGUGAAAUAGUCUUUUCAGUGGGAAUCACCCGAGCCAGCGGAGGCGAUGUAACUUUCAGACAUGUGAGCAGGAGCACUAUUUGGACCCCAACUGCACGUGAUGAUACGGGCAUAUGGUCCUGUGAGAAGGAUUGCAGGGAGUCCAAUGGCCAGGAGUGCUCGAGGGUUUCUCAAACCCUGAUCGGGAAUCGGGAUGAGGAUAUUUGGGCAGUGAGAUGGGGCAAUGAUGCAGCUACUGUGCAAGAGAUUGGAGAAGCUCUGGUGCAUCGGUCAUGUCUUAUGCUAGCCUUUUCCUGCUUGGUGGAGUCGGAGGAAAUAAUGUACAUAUUCUCGUUCACUUAUUUCCUUUGUCCUCCAUUGUCGCUUAGUAUUGCCAAUUCCGCGUGGUUACUGGAGCUGGGACUCGUAUGAAAAACAAUAGCAACUGUGCAGUAGUUCAUGACAGCCUCUUUUCAUGUUCCUGUAAUCUCAAAAGGAAA